CCGGUUCCGUGCCCCGGAAGCGGAAGUGUAGAUUCCGUGCUGUCAAAGUUGUAGUGCUCCUCGAGGGUCGCUCCCGCGAAGUCUCUUCCCCGUCUCUUCCCCGUCUCUCUGGCUUUUGAGUGCUUCCCCCGUGAAGGGUGGGAGCGCAGGGACGGACGACCGAGAUGAGCACCAUGUUUGCAGACACGCUGCUCAUCGUUUUUAUCUCCGUGUGCACCGCGCUGCUCGCCGAGGGCAUAACCUGGGUCCUGGUUUACAGGACAGACAAAUACAAGAGAUUGAAGGCGGAAGUGGAAAAACAAAGUAAAAAAUUAGAGAAGAAGAAGGAAACUAUAACAGAGUCAGCUGGUCGACAACAAAAAAAGAAGAUAGAGCGACAAGAAGAGAAACUAAAGAACAACAAUAGAGACCUGUCAAUGGUGCGGAUGAAAUCCAUGUUUGCAAUUGGCUUUUGUUUUACUGCCUUAAUGGGAAUGUUUAAUUCCAUAUUUGAUGGUAGAGUGGUGGCAAAGCUCCCCUUCACUCCUCUCUCUUACAUCCAAGGACUGUCUCACCGAAACCUGCUGGGAGAUGACACCACAGACUGCUCCUUCAUCUUCCUGUACAUUCUCUGUACUAUGUCAAUUCGACAGAACAUCCAGAAGAUUCUUGGCCUUGCCCCUUCACGAGCUGCCACCAAGCAGGCUGGUGGAUUUCUUGGCCCCCCACCUCCUUCUGGGAAGUUUUCCUGAGGGAAAGCAGAAUUCUGAAUUUCCGAUCAUUCUUUCAGACAUUCGCAUCAGACUUAACAAGGCACCUGGCCACAUUCUCAGUUUGAGCUAUUUCUCGGCUGUGGAUAUGAACAAAUGAGAACACUGCUUAACUAAUGGAAUAGUGCUUAUGAUCAUGAUGAUUCUUUGUAAGUGCACUCACUGGUUCCAUUUGGGUGAUCUAUGUAACCACAGCAUCAUCUUUCUUGUCUCAGUAUUUCAGUGUAUGUGCCGUGUACACAGGAGCAGAUUGUCCGUGAACAUUAGCAACUAGGAGAAAAGAGUUUAUGUAACAACUUCAUUGGCAUUAUUUGU